AUGGAAGACGAACUUUCACGAUCCUCUUUGAAUGACGAAGAUGACUAUGACGACACUUUGGACAACGAUAAUGGCGAAGAUUAUGAGGCGACAAUUGAGGAAGAUGAACAAUUUGAAGGCGGUGAUUAUGAGGAUGAAUUGAAGGUUUUUUCAGUUUCCGUGUAGAAACAUUGCAUAGCUUAUUGAAUUUUUCAGGAUUUGGAAGAUGAAAAUGAGAUGUCAAUCGAGGAACUCAAGAAAAAGUAUGGGUAUCCGGCCCAGGAAGAAAUCCCCGUUGGAAAUCUCUCAGAUGAAGAAGAAGAGGAAGAAGAAGCGCAAGGAACUUCUACUCUGGAAAUGAUCAAUAAUUUAGAUGAGGAUGACGAUGAUUAUAAUCCACCAGAUCCAUUUCGCAAGGAGAUUCGCGUUGAUCAGCAAAAAUAUCAAGCAGAAGUCGAUGAUUUCUCGCCAGAAGCUGCUAAAACCCAAGAUGAUGUAAAAGGGUCUCGCCACGAGGAGCCAGAAGUGCUUCUCUGGUCGAAUAAGAAGAAUUUGAGUGAUGAGAAGAUUGACGAGUAUUUGAAGAGUGUUGUCGAGUUGAGAAUUGCUUAUGAGCAGAAUUUGGGAGGGAGAGGAUCCAAAGAUGAUGAGGAUGCGCUCUGUGUUUUGUUGCGUCAUGAUUUUGAUGUGGAAGAGGCGAAGGUAAGUGUAUUUUCAUCGCGACGAGACCUUGCCUUCAAAAAAUCGAUGCGCCUUUAAUCUACAUAACAAAUUUGAAGAGGAAAAGACGUUUUUCUUCCCUAAAAUCAUCAAAAAUCGUUUUUCAUAGUAAUUUCUGCGUUAAAAAGAGUUAAACCAUCUUUAUUCUUAUCAAUUUGCUUGAUUUCUGCCUUUUUUCCAUGUAGAAACAUCGAAAACCUUGAAAAUCCGGAAAAAAAUAAAAAAAUACCGUAGUUUUUGAAAAGCGCAGCACCCGAAACACACACACAUGGUCUCGUCGCGAACAGAACUACGGUAGAUAUUGUUUUCAAAUUUUUUUUGCGUUUUCACUUUUUUUCACGGCCUAGAAUCCCAAAUCCCAAAAAUUUCUCUUCCAUUUUCAGAACGCCUUCCCAUUUCCACGUGUCAAUUACGCAUAUCGAACAGUUCGACCGGAUGCACUGUCUUUCGAUGAGAAGGAAUCGAAAAUGUUCGAAGAGGCGAUUGAGAAGUAUGGAAAAGACUUCUCAUUGAUUCGACGACUCAUUUUACCGUAUCGAACUGUUGGCGAAUUGGUUGAGUAUUAUUAUCAAUGGAAAUUGACACCGUUGUGAGUGGUUUUGCGGGGAGAGGGUACUGUGGAUUUUUGAAGAAGAUCUGGAGGAUUCUGAACAUUUUGAUACCAAAUAUGACAGGGUUACUGUAGAUCUAGGGGCUGAAAGAUUCAAGUUAGGAUAACUUUGGGCUGAGAAAAGCCUGCAACUGGUCUAAAAGCCUGGAAAAGUCUAGAAGGUCUAGAGGGCCUGAAAGCCCGAAAAUUGGCCUAAAAGCCCGGAAAAUGAUCUAGAGGCCUGAAAGUCUUUGAAAAUAGCUUUGGAGCCUGCAAAUAGCCCAGAAAGCCCGAAAAAUUAUCUAGAACCAUUGAAAAAAGCCUGAAAGCCCGAAAAUUUGCAUGAGAGCCCGGAAGCCUGCAAAGGCCUAGAGAAGAGCUAGAAGGCCAGAAAAUAUAUAAAAAUCUAUGAAAACAGGCUGGAAUCUUUGAAAAGUAGCCUGGAAGCCCGAAAAAUGGUCUAGAAGCCUAGGAAGAACUUAGAAAUUGUAAAAAAAAGGCCUGAGACCCCGAAAAAUAACCUGAAGGUCUGAAAAAUCUUCUAGAAAACCCAGAAAAUAGUCUGAGAGCCCGGAAAAUGAUCUAGUAGCCUGGAAAGGCCUAGAAAAGGCCUGAAAAUGGCUCUGAAGCCUGGAAAGACCUGGAGAAGGGUUAGAAGGCCUGAAAAUAGCCUAGGAUCCUUUAAAAUUUGCCCAGAAGCCUAAGAGCCUUUGAAAGUGGCCUGAAAGCCUGGAAAAUGAUCUAAAAACCUGGAAAAAGCCUAGAAAAUGUCUAGAAGGCCUGAAAAUAUCUAAAAAUCUAUGAAAACAGCCUGGAAUCUUUGAAAGGGGCCUAGAAGCCUGAAAAUAGCCCGGUAUCUCGGGAAAUGGUCUAGAAUUAUUGAAAAAAUAGCCUAAUAGCCCGAAAAAAUAGCCCGAAAGCCUGAAAAUUAUCUGAAAAUCCCCAUAAUUUUUGCAGCUACCGUACCUGGCGUGACGCUCAUCCACAACAUGUUCCAGUCAUUCAACCCCACAUCACCGCCGCCCAAAUUUGA